GUUCGUUUGACGAAACCAUCGAAGACGGUGCAAUACGUGCAGAGAGCGCGUGCAGUUUGUGUGUCUGUGUCGAUCCUUGGUUGAUCUUCAACCAACAUUCAUACAUUCGUAUGUUCAUUGUGAUAAGAGGCUCAUCAUCAUUCGAAUGAGCUUGCGUGAAGUGGCUGUUAUUUACUACUACUGGGGAAGAGGCCAAUGUGAUAAGAGCUAGUGGCCGGUUUGAUUUCUUAUCAACGGCUUCCAUCGGACAGGAUCACGUUCGAUCGACGUGUGCCUCGGGAAUGAACCAUCAACCAGUUCCUCCUGUUCCAAAAAAAUAACUGUGAUUUUGUGUGAUUUUAUUCAGGUUGAAGGGUUUUUUUUAAUUGAAUACUGUUUUCUCCUGGAUUUUGCUUAAAACGGGGAAGAAUAUAGAAAAAAGGAAAAAAAAAUCGGUACUGUGAUUAUAGAGGUUGUGAUUAAUUCGGUUUAGUUGUGUGGUUGUGGAGAGACGGUUUAAGAUUUCGUUGCUGACUUGGUGAAUUGAAUGGUGCAAGACGAAUUGUGCAAUAGGGUCUGCUGUUUGGACGUGCUGCAAGGGCAACGACAACGGGGAUUUGAACAAGACAACGCGGACUUUGGAAGCAGCAGCUACCAGGCGUAUUUGCAUGAUCUAGCGUGGGCAUUGUUCCAUCAUUGCUCAGAAUUCGACGACAUGGCUUGUCUACCGCAGGCGGCUUUCGCAGUCAACAAGCUGCGCAACCAGAACGAGAAGAACAUGACGGUGUCCCGUCUGAUGACCGAGAAGCAGGACUCUCCCCGUUAUCUGAAUAACAAGACACCGGACUUGACGGCCCUCAACUAUAGCGCCAAAAUGAUGAACAGCAUCUGGGGUCUGUACAAUCGCUACUCUCCCCAUAACUUCAAGAAGAACAACGGAUCCGACCAGGGCUUCUUUGGCAUGCAGCAGCCAUUCGCUGUUGCAUGCUCCGCUUCGGACAAAAAAUACUCCGAAGCGAAGAAUUGAUCCCCUGAACAUUUUUUGCCACUCCAAGAAGAAACUAGAGUUAUGUUUUACAUUUUUUAAAGGCUUAACCUAAAUGGGGAACUCACAUAGAUGUUAAACAACAAUGGGAUUUUUACUUAGAGUUUAGAAAAUGAUCAUGAUCUUUUCAUAAUAAACUGGUCGAAUUUUACUAGAA